GUGGGGAGGUGUGGAUUAUUCAUGUUCACAAUCUGUUACUAUGCUUGAUGUAUCUUCACAAUCGCCCUCUUGAGUUCAAUGGCCGACAUGGUAGUUGGAAGAAAGUUAUUGGGAGUUGGUGUAUUGGAUGAUUGUAUAUAUGCAGUUGGUGGAGGAGAUAUCAAAAAUCCAUUAAAUAGUGUUGAGGUUUUUGACGUCAGUAUUCAAAAAUGGAGAUUGGUAGCUAGUAUGUCUACUAAAAGAUGUAAUUUGGGUAUUGGUGUACUCAAUAAUCGUUUAUAUGCGAAUACUGAAUAACACAGCAAUACGCCAAUAGGUACAUAAUAAUAAUAUUGAAAUGUAAUUAAAAUUCGGAACAUAUCAAUUUAACUAGGCGAGUGUAUGUUGAAUUGAAUUAAAAAUAUAAAACAAUAAAACGUGGAAAUAUACAACCAUUAUAGUAUUGAACACAAUUAUUUGUGCAUGCUUAAUUCAGUGUAAGAGUACUACUAGGCAGUAAGUAUUAACGUAAGUACCUAAGUCUCUACCUGCACAGUCACUCAGAACGAGUAACGACAGAACACAGAACACUCAGUGUUUACUAUUAAAUUAAUGUAUAGAUAGAUUAUA